AUGCUUUCGCAUGCAGUCGCAGUCCACGGUCCCGAGGAACCAAGCAAGACACCUGCACAACCAUUGUCAGUGUCGCCAACACAACUGGAACACACGCCUUGGCGCUCGAAGUCUCGGAGUAGCGGGCUUCAUCGUCGCAGCAUCGUGGCUGCCUCGUCACACGACGCAGCAAUUGCCUCACUGAUCACGAACUUGACUGCUACUUCCAAUUCUGACCACCUCUCCGACAAGCCUUUCAGGAACACCACUCCUGCGCAACAAAAAACCCCAGAUCGUUUCGUUAGCAACAUUUCCAUCCACCCAGCUAUACGCAAAUUUUACGAACACAAGAAUCCACGUCUUGGUCUUGCCGGCUCCGAGCAAGACUUCUGUCCUCCGCCUGUGGCUGGUUAUAAUACUAUCAAUGCUGGUACGCAAGGACCAAACACCCCAACUAGUACAAAACCUCUGCGACGGUUCAAGGACAGGAAGUCUCGAGUAAUUCUCAAAUCUACAGCAUCAUACAUUAGUUUGAGAGCGGCUGAAUCUUUCAAGGACCUCGACCCUCCAGAGCCUUCACCUCCGAUACGUCCGAGUACAUCAUACGGCAAUGACUCAGUCAACAGCCUACCACUAUCAACGCACAGCAAAUUGAGCCGGCCAAAGAACCGCUUCAGGAUGUUCUUCUCACAAGGCUCAAGUAUUCAAAGUAAUCGAGUCCUGCCGGACGGAUUGUCACAUCACGAUGAUGACCUGUCUACUAACACGUCUUCCCCUGAGAAAGAGAAGGACCUGCACUUUUCAGCAUUUGUGACGCUUGGCAGGAUAUCUACAGAUGUCGACAGAAAAGAGGCCGACACAAAAACUUUGUCUUCAGCGAGUCCCUCGCUACAUUCGAGUCUCAACGAGAGCCUUAUUCCAUGCCGAAGGUCCUCUCUAAGAUCUGCUCGCAGGCAAUCUGUCCGUAACAGCAGGGACUUGAAGAGUCUAAACAUUGACCAAGAUUUGAUAGAAGAAAACCACGAGACUGUACAACGGAUAAGGCAGCUACAAGAGCAGAGAGAGAAGCGGCACAAGGAAUGGCGUAAGGAGGAAAGACGCUCCGAAAAGGCAGCAAGACACAUGUCGAUGCCAAUUCCGGACCCUGACCCCGUGCUCAACAGUGGGGCUCUUAGAUCCUCAUGGCAUCCUAAGAUCGAAAGCACGCCAGAAGUAAAGACUGUGGACGGAGAAGAGCCUCCGACACUCUCUGCAACACUAACUGCUGAAGAUUUGUCCUCCCUGCCUGCAUUUCUCGACAUCAGUGAAAACGAGACGCUGACACGUCUCGAAAAACCACCGAGCGGAGAUGUCGAUGGUACAACAACAGGUCUGAGACGUGACGGAUCGGUAACACCUUCGACAACGCAAUCCGUGUCCAGCAUCCGAAGGCCACAGAAAAGGUUGUCUGAUAGCAUCAGACGAGCAUCGUCCAUAAGACAGCCUGUAUCUAUUGAUACUAAGACUGUUUCUGACGAUGUUGAAUCGUUCCUCUCAUCCCCACGCUUGAAUCAGAAGAUACGGCAUCCAAGAACUGGCCGAACCAUAGCGUUUUCAGAAAUAGGCGAUCCCAACGGAUUCGUCGUCUUCUGCUGCGUUGGCAUGGGAUUAACACGUUACGUAACCACAUUUUAUGAUGAGACGGCGAAGACCCAAAAGCUGCGCAUCAUCACUCCAGACAGACCAGGUGUGGCAGGUACCGAUGCCAUGCCAGCAGAGCGAACGACUCCUCUGGCCUGGGUCGACGACGUAGCUGUCAUAUGUAUCGAGAAGUUCUCGCUACUUGCUCACUCAGCAGGUUCAAUCUACGCACUAGCUACCGCUUUGAAAAUGCCACAAUAUGUUCGGGGUCGGAUACAUCUUCUGGCGCCAUGGAUUCCGCCCUCACAGCUGGCAAUUUCUGGUCAGUCUGGAUCGUCGAAAGCGGCAAGUCUUCCUACAAGUCACAAACUCCUUAGCAUCUUGCCCACGUCGUUCAUGAAGGCCGCGAAUUCCCGCUUUCUGUCCGCGGCCUCAGCAAGCAUCGAACCUCGAACACGAAAAGGAAGGCUUGAUUUGCGAGAUUCAGAGGUCGCACUGAAUCAAGACCCUGUCGACCAGGGAGCAAGUGUGUCGCAGGCCGAUAUAGCCCAAUCUAAUGGCUCGAUGCUAUCGGCGUCUGGGACAACGCCUUAUCGGGUGAUGUCGGAUAAUUUGACGGCGUACCAGGCCGAGAGAAUGCGAAUGGGCAGUCCGGCCCUCAGUUCGACAUCAGCGACGACACCCCGAUCCAGUGCAAUUUCGCCAACACCAUCGGGAAAGCAGACUCCGAACGGAACGCGUUCUCACCACCAGGUACUUACAUCAGAAGCCCGACAAAGGCUGUACAAUGAGACACUCACGUACAGAACCUGGUCGCUUGCCACACUUAAUGCAAAUCCCGCAACCGAUCUUGUUAUAUGCCUGGAGCGUCGUCGGCCAAUUGGUUUCAGAUACACCGACAUAACACGAGCUGUGGUCAUUCACCAUGGCACGAACGAUACCCGCGUCCCCCUGGAGAAUGUGCAGUGGCUAGACAGCGCAAUGAAAAGAUGUGAGUUACGUGUGCUGGAAGGCGAAGGACAUGGCCUCAUGGCAAGCGCCACAGUGAUGACUAACGUGCUAAGCGAAAUUGGUAAAGAGUGGGAGGAGUGGUCUUGUAUAGCCAAAGUGCAGGAACAGAAGAGGAAAGAGGAACAAGCAAGAGAACGAGGGGACGCCAGGGAGCGAGAGCGACGCAAAGGUUACCCUAGAUGGUAG